CACGUAUAUCCACACGUGCAAAAUGGUAUCUGGUAAAGUUAAAAGCCGAGUGAAACUAAAACAAACAAAGCGAAAGAAAUGGAAGAAGGGACACAGCAGUGACAGUAACCCCGAAGGCAAGAGAUUCAGAGAAGCUGCGAAAAACAGAUUUUUCAAUUAUAAUACAGGUCCCAGUACUUUAACUCUUGAGGCCUUGACAAUACACAAUGAGGGAGUGGAUGAGGAUGUUGACAUUGAUAAAGCAGGCAGUAUUGGGAGUGGUUUGUCUGAUGCUAAGACAUUUCAGACAUGGGCAUCCAACCUGACUGAAUGUACCAACAGUGCCUUCAGCUCUGUACAUAGGUACUGGGCAUCAAACUCUGCAAUGCACAAAGAAAUUCUUGCAGUGCUUGCAGCUGUGACUGAAGUGAUCAAAACUCAAGGGGGCAAGGAGACAGAGACGGAAUAUUUUGCUGCCCUUAUGACCAGUCUUGAAACAAUUGACACAGAAGAUUCUUUGGCUGCUGUGGCAUAUCUGUUGAGCCUGGUGAUAAAACGGGUUCCAGUUGCAGUCUUGAAAAGCAAGUUUUCUGACAUUGCCAAAGUUUUUAUGGGUCUGCUGGCAGAUCACUCAGGAUCAGAUUCUACUUCUCUUCUAAAAUCGCUUCUGGUGUGUGUGUCCUCAUUGUUACGCGUCCAAGACCAGGUGGUGUGGUCAGACUCGUCCACUCUGCAGGUCUACAGGGGAUUGCUGUCCUUUACCACACAUCACAAACCAAAGGUACGGAAAGCAGCCCACCAUGCUGUGUGUUCCGUUUUAAAAGGUUCAAGCUUCAUGACCCAAGGUGACCCCCCACCCAGCCACCCUGCAGCCAGUGCCACAGCCAAACACUGUAUUCAGCACAUAGAGGAGUGUGGGGGAACUGGUGAGGCAUCUGACACCCUUCACAUUCUGGGAUUGUUGAAAGACAUUCUUCACGUCUUUCCUCACAACAGCUUGAAGUCCACCUGUGAGACAGUGCUGCGAGUGAUGACACUCAGCAAUGUGAUGGUAACUUCUGUUGUAAUGCAGGCUUUAUAUGGAAUGUUCUGCAAUCAACCGAAGUCAUCUAGCUUACCUGCUGAACUCAAUGCCCAGAUUAUAACGGCAUUGUAUGAUUUCCAACCUGGUGAAAAUGAUGUUCAGCCAAUGAAUGCUUGGUUGGCUGUAAUGGAGAAAGCUCUUGUCAACUUGGCCAGGUUGAAUGCUAAUCUGUGUAUCAGCCAUCUUCCUCGUAUAUUUACUGCUGCCAUGAGUUGUUUAUUGUCUGAAAAAUCACACAUUGGGGUCACAGCAGUUGGAAUUAUGAAGGUUUUACUGCAGGAAAUAGUUGCCCCAAAUUCUGACAGAUUUGAAGUAAUGUUGAAAUCUGCUCCAUCAUCAAACUUAACCGAGAAAUUGGUGAAAAUCAUUGAAGGUGGUUUGAGUUACCAGUAUCAUGCAUCAUGGAAUCUUGUGCUCCAGGUGUUAGCCAAAUUAUUUGAGGUGCUUGGGAAACAGUGUCACAGUGUUAUGAGAAAGUGCCUGUUGUCCCUUGCUGACUUGCGUGACAGUUACAAGUUUCCUCAAAAAGCAGAACUAGACCACACAGUGGGGAUGGCUGUGAGGACAAUGGGCCCCAGGGUAGUACUGGAGGCCAUCCCACUGCAGAUCACUGGCGAGGAAGAUGAUUUGGAUUUCCCAAGAAGUUGGCUUCUUCCAUUACUAAGAGACAGUAUAAGAGAGACAGAGCUUGGAUUCUUUGCCAGCCAUUUCCUCCCUCUUGCUGCCAAACUGAGGAAUAAAUCAUUACAACAUGCUCAGGAGAAGAGACAAGUAGAAAGUAAGACUUAUGAUGCACUACAGAUGCAGAUAUGGUCUCUUCUACCUGGAUUUUGUAACAACCCAAUUGAUCUUCCUCAGUCAUUCAAGGGCAUUGCCAAAGUUCUUGGUUCUGCCAUCUCAGAUAGACCUGAUUUGAGGGGUGAUGUAAUGGCAUCUUUACGUAAAUUGAUUCUGCAGAACCUGGAUAAUGAUGAGAACAGAGCAGAGCUUGCCAGGUUUUCUAAGAACUUCCUUCCAAUCUUGUUUAACCUGUUCACUACUGCCCCAGAGAGUGAAAAGGACAUGUCCAGAUUGGCUGUACUAGAGACCAUCAGGUGCUAUAUUCAAAUAAGUGAUGAACAGCUGGUUAACUCAUUCUUUGAUAAGUGUAUGUCUAAGUUGGAAGAUGAAGAUGCCAAACCAUUCUUAAGGCACUCGUUACUUGAUCUGGUGAUUGGGAUGGUACCAUAUGUAACAGAAGAUAGGAUUCAAAAGAUGAUGGCAGCUAUGUCUUCUUGGAUAGAUAGUACAGACAAGACAGUGCAGAAAAAGUCCUACAGAAUAUUGGAGGAGGUUUGUGCUGGGAAGUCUGAGAACAGCAGAAAUUUUGUCUUCAAAAAUAUCCCUGUUCUUCAAAAGAUGCUGCUCAAAUCCUUAUCCAGUUCAAGUCCACCAGCUAAAGCUCCAAGGUUACGCUGUUUGAUCCACAUAUUGAAACAGUUACAAGAGAGUGAAGAAGACUUUAUAAUAGCGGUAGUGCCUGAGGCUAUACUGUGUGUCAAGGAGGUAGCAACUAAGGCACGGGCAGCUGCUUUUGGCCUUCUGAUAGAGAUAGGGACAGCUCUACUUCGUUGGUCACAAGACAGAUCAGAAAAAGAUGUAGUUCACCAGUAUCUCCAGUUGUUAAUGGCAGGGCUUGCAGGGUCACCACACAUGGUUAGUGCCACAGUGCUAGCCCUCAGCAGGACACUCUAUCACUUCAGAGACAAGGUUGGCAGUCAAUCACUGGACAUGCUAGUUGACCAUGCCUGCCUAUUACUGACCUCUAAGGCCAGAGAAGUUGUAUUCUCAGCCUUAGGCUUUGUUAAAGCAUUGCUAGCAGUAUUUAAAGAUGUUGAGUUGGCAGCUUAUUUGAAUAAACUGGUUUCUAGUCUUGUAAGCAUGAAAGAGGAAAAUAGACACCAUUUCCGAUUUAAAGCUAAAGAAGUUUUUGCUAGACUCAUUAAGAAAUUUGGCUAUGAGACUGUUCAUGAGAUGGUUCCAGUCAGCCAUCACAAAAUGUUGUUGAACAUAAAGAAAACACAGGAGAGAGCUGCUAAAAAUAAACAUGCCAAAGGUGACCAUGAGGAAGAUGAGGAUGAUGAUGGAUUUAGAAAUGCAGCAAAACCAGAAAACAUUGAUGACUUGUUGCAAGACAUUGACUCAGAUUUGGAGGAAGAAAAGAAACCCAAGGCCAAGAAGAUCAAAAGUCAAAAAGGAAAUCAAACAUGGCUUAUGGAAGGGGGAGGGGAUGAAUUCAUUGAUUUCUUGGAUCCAACUGUUUCCAAAAAAGUUUUAGCUACUAAACCAGAAAUAGCAUCAACAAGUAAAAAGCUUUCUAAAGAGGCAGGUUUUAAGAUGGCAGCUGAUGGUAGAAUGAUUAUCACAGAGGAGGGUAAUGAAGAGAAGACAUCAAAAACGAAAGAAAAGAAAACAGAUAAAAGUACAGAGGAGGAAGCAAUGGAGGAUUUAGAUGACUUACUUGAUGCCAUGGAUGGAUACAAAGGAAAGAAAUCUGGUAAAAAGAGAAAAUUUGAAGGAGUGGAUGAAGAUAUGGAUGAGGCACCAGCGAAGUACAAAGCUGGAGGUUCAGGAAUUCAUCGUCCCUUAGAUGGAUCAAAGGCAGAGAAAAAAGGAGACUAUGGCAGUGAAUAUAGAUCAACAAAGGGUGGAGGAGAUGUGAAGAGGGUAGGCAAACCAGACCCCUAUGCUUAUGUUCCACUUGAAAUGAAAUUCUUAAACAAGAGGAAAAGCUCCAAAAUGAAAGGUCGCUUCAAGAACCUAGUAAAAGGUGCCAAAAAAGGAGCAGCAAUGGGGAGCAGAGCAAAGGGGAAGAAAAAGGGAAAAUAAUUCCUUAAGCAUAAAUAAACAAAAGUAAUAUACAGAUGUAUAAUGUACAGAUAUUUAACUGAAUGUGAGUUUCAUUGCAUCAUUUUGAGCAUUCACUUUUGUGCUCAGAAUUUUCAGAGGAAUGUUAUUUUCAUUAAUUGUUUUGUGAAAUUUUUCUGUGUGGUAAUUUUUUUUCCUGCAAUGCAGUGAAAACAGGUCUUCUCCUAACCUUGUGCAAAUGAACAAUAAGCUGCAGGUUAUUUUGGGUCCUGACCACAUGCUUGUUUUUUGAAAAAGGAAAAAAAUGAUGUGCAAAAAUAAUUCCAGAAAACUGGUAAAUAUUGUUUGCAAAAAUUACCACUAAAGAAAUUAAGUUCCUUGCUUCAUUAUAAUGUGUACAUCAUACCUAUAAAGUCAAACAAUUCUGUUUUAACUUGUUGACAU